CAUAUAAUGUAAUACAUGAACUGUCUUAAAUUGUUACACUGAUACGUAUAUAAAUAUAGCUGCUUGUUCCCGAUAAUUAGCAUCAAUCGGUCGGCUGCUAUUUCAACUUUAAUAUUUAAUAGUGUAAGACACAAUAAUGGUUUCAAGCACAGCGGUACUUAUUUCCGCGUUACUAGCACUAUGUACCGGCCAACUCAUCAUUCCGCCCCGCCCCCCUGGGCUUCGUGUACAUGAACGGAAGUAGCAACUCACCGAUCCACCUCGACGUCCACAUGGGACCGCUGUGCCCCGACAGCGCCGGCGCCUUUCCGGUUCUGCUGCAGGUGGCGCAACACUACGGACCCGCCACCCUAAAACUGACACUUCACAUGUUCCCGCUGCCGUACCACCGCCAGUCGUACUUCACUGCGAUCGGCGCCGAAGUCGUCAAGGCUCAGAGAGGCAUUGCGCAGACAUUUAACUACAUCUCCGCUAUUUACAACGACCUUGAAAACCUAGGCAACGCCAAAACCUACUUAAUGAACGCUAACGAUGUCAAUAAAAUGCUGACUGAAAUCGCUACGUCAAGCGCUGGGGUAAACCCGGUACAGUUUGCAAUGGGCUUGAAUGAUUUCGCCAUGGAAACCAACACACGAACGGCCUGGAAAUACUCCGCAUCAAGAGGAGUUGCCAGUACCCCUACUUUUUUUCUGAAUGACGUCACAGUAGAGGCUGACCCCGGCUGGACACUUUCUGAAUGGCAACAGGUCAUCGACCCGCUCCUGAAGCAGGGCGACUUCCGUUCAACAAACGGGACUUGUCCAUCCGGUGAAAUAAGUUGUGAAUACCUUCCUGGGAAGUUUCAGUGUUGUCUCAAGGGAGAGAACUGUAUUCCUAACGUGGGUUGUCGCUGUUUCCGUGGGAACAAUUGCUGACUGCAACGGUUAUGACGUGUAGACAAUUGGAAACGAGAUGGUCUCUUCAAAUGUAUUUCUUUUUAUUUAUGUAAAUAAAUGAAAAGAAAAAUGA